GGAGAGGUAAGUAUAAAAGACUUGCUCAGAGGAAUUAGGAAAUAUUCCGGAGGAAAAAUAGACUGACUGAUAUAACCAACACUUCUCACUCCAUACUUAACUAACGGCAAAGAAAGAGGCCCAAAGAUGAGAAACUUUCUUCAGUUUCUGGCACUCUGUGCUGUGCUCUCACUGUGCGUCUGCCUUGGUAGGAGUAGAGCUACCCGUUCAAAUUCGGACUCCAACGAAAGCACAGAAUCCAGUGAAGAUGUGUUUGUGGCCCCGAGGCGAGCCAAUUCCUUCAUCAUGCCACAGAGACACACCGUAUACAACCUGCCCAGAGGAAAUGGCUACAACAGUUACUUUAUGAGCCGGAGGGUAAAGUCACCAGCAGAGAGACGUGCAGAGACCUGCGAGGAUUACUCUCCCUGCCGCUACUUCGCCUAUCACCACGGCUACCAGGUGGCCUACCGGAGAUACUUUGGGACCCGCACUCCAGAGAGGAGACCAACUGCAGCUCGUCGAUAUUAAACAAUGCACACACAAUAAUAAACCAUCAAAUGCAAAAGUAUUUUCGAAAUGCGGAUACUGUAUAUGUAUGCUCCAGACACAUUUCACCUCCAUGGAUUUAUAUAUGACCUAAGUUAUAAUGGCAGCCUCUUCUGGAUGUGAUCAUUUUUUACAUGAUAACCCUUCAUUAUUAACAUACACAUUCAUGCUCCAUCAUUUGUAUUAGCACAGGAUAACUGCUUUAUCCACUGAUCACGUCUUCCAAUCAUUUAUAAGCUAUGUGUGUUAUGUGUGCUUACUUAUCUUACUUUGCUCCUCUAUCCGCACUUCAUUAUCCAUGAUCCACCCGCAGCUCUGCUGUCAGUGAGAAAAUAAAAAUAUUUUAUUUUG